UAGCUGCUGUGCCAAAGAUUGCAUUGAUGUCAAAUAUUAACCUUCACUAAGUUUACUCUUCUCUUGUUCUUCUGCAAAACGACAGUACAGUUCCACAUCCUCCAUCUCCUCCUUCCUCAUGGCAGGUAAAUAAAUCGAUAAGGUCAACGAGCUCAUUUCAAAGUGUCUAGAGGCCAAAGACAUGGCGUACUGUCCUUACAGCAACUUCCCUGUUGGUGCUGCCUUACUGACGACAGAUGGCGCUAUAUUUAAAGGCUGUAACGUGGAGAACGUGUCCUUCGGUCUAACUGUGUGUGCUGAGCGAACAGCCAUCCAAAGUGCCGUGGCAGAGGGACACAAAAACUUCACCGCUAUUGCUGUGACGUGCAAUGCCACAGACAGAUUUGUUUGGCCAUGCGGAGCGUGUCGACAGGUUCUCAUGGAGUUUGGGCCAGAGUUGACCAUCUACUCGACCAAGCCGGAUGGAUCGUACAAAAAGAGCCGCAUGAGCGAGCUGCUGCCCUAUGCUUUUACCCAAAGUCAUCUCACAAAGAACUGACAGUUUGUGAGAAUGCCGCUUGAUGAGAUUUAACAAUAAUGCACAUGUUCUCAACAGUAAAUAAAAGACAAAAAAGCA